AUGCAGCUUUCAAGACAAGGCUCCCUCUCCUCGACCGCUUCGAAUUCCCAUAGCCAUCCUCAAAUGAUAGGACCAUGGAAGCUAGGUAAAACACUCGGAAGAGGUGCCACAGGACGUGUUCUCCUCGGCAUAAACAGUACUACCGGCCAAAAAGCCGCUGUCAAGGUUGUUUCCAAAUCGGCAUUGAAUGAUGAAUAUGACAAGCCUACCAAAGGCGGUCUUCCUUACGGCAUUGAGCGUGAAAUUAUCAUCAUGAAGUUGCUCACUCACCCAAAUGUGUUGCGUCUUUACGAUGUUUGGGAAACAUCGAAGGCUUUGUAUUUGGUUUUAGAGUACGUUGAGGGAGGCGAGCUAUUUGAUUUAUUGGUCGAAAGAGGCCCAUUGCAAGAACAGGAGGCCGUUAAAUACUUCAGACAAAUCAUCUUGGGCACAGCCUACUGCCACGCCUUGGGAAUUUGCCAUAGGGAUUUGAAACCAGAAAAUUUACUACUCGACGCCUCGCUCAACGUUAAAUUAGCAGAUUUUGGUAUGGCUGCCCUCGAAAGUAAUGGUAAGCUACUUGAAACUUCCUGUGGCUCUCCACAUUACGCUGCUCCAGAAAUUGUUUCCGGAUUGAAAUACCAUGGCGCUGCAUCCGACGUCUGGUCUUGUGGUGUUAUUCUUUUCGCAUUGCUCACUGGACGUUUACCUUUCGAUGACGAGAAUAUCAGAAAUUUGUUAUUGAAAGUCCAGGCUGGUAACUUUGAUAUGCCUGAGGAAUUGAGUGACGAUGCCCAGGAUUUGAUUUGGCGUAUGCUCACGGUGGAUCCAAUGAAGAGAUUGACAACUCCAGAAGUCUUGAAUCACCGCUUGUUGAACAAGUACCCCAUCCCGAACGAAGAUUUAAUCAGCGUUAAGUCAUUGCCACAUCCCGAAACUGCUUAUAGAUCAUUGGGCUCGAUUAAGAACAUCGAUAAACAGAUAUUACUGAAUCUUUCCAUCUUAUGGCAUGACAGAGCAGAGGAAGAAAUCAUUGAUUGCCUCCUUAAAAAGGGUCAAAAUCCUGAGAAAACCUUUUAUGCUUUGCUUCUUAGAUAUAGACACAAUCUGGAUGAGUUCGCAACACCAUCUGCAUCAGUCAAUGGUUCUCCUGGAAAGAGAUUACCUCGUUCAACAUCAUCAUUAUCUAAUAGGGGGACACCAAAGCGCAAGAGCAGCAAGAUUAAUGCUACCACAGCUAAAAACAGACCUGUGUCAUUCCAAAGACGCUAUGGGGCGAAUAGGAACUCUGUCAUCAACACAAGGAGACAUUCUGCAAACUCAAGUGUGCAAAAUUCUCCAUUCAGAUCUCCUGGCAAGAACAACAGAGCGUAUAACCAGUCACCUUCAAAGUCACCACGAAAGAGGAGCGUGGUAUCUAGAUCGACAACGGCAAGCUUGCCCAAAAACCUUUACAAUGAGAUUGUCAAUGCGCAAGAUACCACCGAGGGAUCUCUUUCUCCAACGUUGCCCUCGAAAGAUUCUAUCUAUGCGGAAGGAAAUGAGGCACCAGGAAGCAAGGAAGAGGCAUACAAAGAAGCGCAAGCAGCUCUCGAAUCAGCACCCACCUUGGCGCCGGGAGCAUCGACCAGCGCAAACAAGAGAAGUUCUGUUCUCACCAAAAACAACAGGAUGUCCAGGCGUAAGUCUUUGAGGCAAUCACUCACUUCUGGUCUCAAGAGGAACUCAAUCACAGUAAAACUAUUGUCAACAUAUGCUAAGUUGUCCAGUGAGACCGAUUGGGAGUACAUGGAUAAGCAAACUAAACGUACUUCGGCGACGUUUGCCACCCUUUGCGAUAAAAUUUUCAAUCAGGAAGAUUACAAUGCUGAUGACGAAAAACUUGAGGACGAAGAAGAAAAGAGGGUGAAGGAGUACGAGAGACUCAUGGAAAUUGAACGCAAGAAGCACGACGCGGAACUCAAAGCUAGAAGAGAACUUGCAAAGCAAAAAAGACGCCUGAAAAGACGCUCCUUGCUAGCAUCAUCUCAAAAGCUAUCUAUAACUGUCACAGAAGACAGCAAAGACGAUGGUGAAGCAAAACCUGAGGGUGGAGAGAUCCUGCAACCAAAGAGACAGUCCAAACAGAUUGGCAAUUUACGUUCCAUAUCGGAGGGCGCAAAAGAAGAUCACAAUGAGUUGACACAAGCGGACGUUGACAAACUCAAAAAGAGAUCUGUUACACAACCUAACCCUCGUCGCAGACUCACCCCAAUUCUUACUAGACGCCCUGUGUCUCGUUUAGAUCCAUUGUGGACCGCUCAAAAAAUAGAUGAUAUCGAUGACGAAGUCGCCGAUACCGAGGUGGCAAAAGCUCAAAGAAAGAAAGUCAACAGAGAAUCGAUGGUCUCUGUUGGAAAUGCCGACGAUGUUCGUCGACUUUCCAAAAAUUUCGACUACGAUACCAAUGAAAUCCAACUUUUGGAUCAUGAAAAGGAUGAAACAGACUUGAGUGAAGAUUACAACAAAGAAAUUAGAAAAUCAAAGCUACUCAAUUCUCAAUACAAUUUGAAAAGCGAAUUGAAUGAAGGGUCCAAGACCGCUCCAAGAAAGAGAGGCCAGAGAACUGCCAGCGAGAAACUUGAAGAUAGGAAGACUUUAAUCGGCAGUGUCCAUAUACCUAAAGUGACAAGAAAGUCAACACAUUUCUCAGCAUCCAACAAAAGAUUGUCUAUUCUUACAAUGAGAUCUACCAAAGAAUCCUAUCAUGAUUUGAACAGCAUUCUUGAUGCCCAUAAUGAGGACAUUCAAGAGGAUGAGCUCGCAGAAGAAGAAAAAAUUGACAGAGGUAUGCCUCAACUCAGAACCAGUUUUGCUGAUCGCUUGGAUCGUGCUGGCUUUGCCAAUGAUGAUGACGAUGAUAUGUCUGAAGGUGGAUCUGUUAUGGAUUUUGAUGAGCAUCUUGCAAACAAAAGAUCGUCAUAUUAUGCUGGAAAUGGACCAAAGAGAUACCCAACAACGAAGAGGCACUCAGCUAAGCCCAAAAAGGGUCCAUUGGACGAUGAUGAAACUUUGACGGAUACGAAAGAUCAUGACAAGAAGAAUGCCGAUUACACGUUUGCUGAUGAUGGUGACAAUAAACAGAACGAUGAUAGCGAGAGAGAUGUCUUCGAAAAUAUCAAGUUACCAAAGGAGAAAAAGAAUGAUUCCGCAAAAUCUAGGCCUAGAGUUGGACGGAAUCCAGUUUCUACGAUGUUGAUUCCUGACAUGGAGAAGGUUGAUGCCGAAACAAGACAAGGAGGACUGAAACCAUACGGAAAGGUUCAUCCUGAAAAAGAAGCACUCGAUGGAGCUCGAAAAAACCCCAAACCUUUGGUCGAUACUACCAACACCCCACCCAAGAUCACGCAAGAUCCUCCACAGAAACGCAACAGAUCAAUUUUCAGAAAGCUUUCCUGGGGAACCAAAAAAUCAUUGGAAGACAGCAAUGCUCAACAGCUUCCAUCACCAGCUGACUCUAGGGCAAACUCUGUCGAAGAGAAGAAAGGCGGUUUGUUUUCAAGAUGGUUCUCCUCGUCCCAGACUGCUCCAUCUGCUGAUGACAUCAAGAGAUACCGCACAAUACUACCCAGACAUGAGAUGAUAACUGCGUUGUACGCUCUUCUCAAUUCCUGGUCAAAUUUUGGGCUUAAAAAUUUGAAGAAAGACAGCGUGGGAUACAACAUUACUGGUGCGAUUUCUGGAAACAACUCUUUCAAUUUGAAGAGCUGUAAAUUUAGAAUCAAGAUAAACUCAAGAGCAUUGAAUCAAAAGUCAGAGUUGAUUUGUGCAAAAGUGAAAGGUUCAAGUGCUACAUCCACGACAUUAUUUAAAGAGAUCCAAAAAGUCUUGGAAAAAGAAGGCGUUUUGGAGGCCUGA